AUGGCACGGUCCAGAGAGAUACUCGAGUGCUUCUUCCCAGUAUGUCAAUUUUCAUUUCAGCAAUAUGAAAAUAAUCUCUGUGACGACUGUACACGACCGUCGGAGAUGCACAACGCCAAUUUCAUGCUACUGAUGCUCGAUUCCCCAAAAGCUCAUGGGGCAGCACUGCGCCACACUAUGUUACGGCGCAUCCAGCGCGUGUUUGCAAAACAACAAGUUACUUGGACCGGAUUUCAAGUAACGCUACCCUGCGAAGGAAGUCCAAGAAUUAAGAAACCAAGCUUCUCUCUGCAAGUAGCGAAAAUUAGUUCUCGAGACGGCAACCAUUUACUUUAUGAGCCUGUGGACACGCGUAUCGUGGUAAAAGCUCGAGAAAAUGAAUUUGUACCUUACAAGCACACGAUGGUAGUAUCACAGGAUUUUCGUGCUCGAUUUGAGGCUGUGAAGUCAGCACUUAUUCGUCUGUCCUCACCGCUUAACUGCAGCUCAGGUCGGCUAGCGUCUGACACACCUUUACUUCUCAAACAGUCGUCAAAGCACUUUUUGCGCUGGCUACAGUCAAAGUUGCAGUCGAGUGUUCGCAUGCAAUCACGAGUUAUUUCAUGCCAAUACUUAGUGUUGUUAAAAUCUCAAAAACAAAUUAGUUUGAUCAUAGAACGAGCCCUUACGGGUAUCGACUCUGAUACUGCUUUGAUUUUGGAAGACGUGGAUGUUCUUGUUAAAGAUAAAGAUGGACUCAAUUUGCAAUGUUUGCUAUCUACACUGAACGACAUUGCAGACUUUCGCACAAUCCAAGGCUCUUUCCAUACGUUUAUAAUUGGAACAACCGCAGAAUUUAAGGUGCAUUCAGAUUUACAUCGCCACUUUCCAUUGCAGAUUCCAAGUCCUUCACAAGACAGCGAUGUCCAUGUACAGCAGAUAAGACGCGAUGAAGGAUUGAAGCAAAUUCGUUUAAAGGUUCAGAGUGCACUAUCCAUCGGAGGGCACCGACAACAAAAGGCAAUGCGAAUUGUACCACUCUCUACGAGCCAACAGAACAACGGAAAUGUUCGCUGGGAUGACGUCGGUGGUCUAGAAGAUAUAAAAGCUGCUUUGUGCGACAUGCUGAAAUGGCCUAUUAAAUUCCCGAAGCUUUUCAAGAAUUACUCGAAAGGAGCUCUCCUUCACGGUCCACCGGGCACAGGGAAGACUCUCAUAGCAAAAGCUGCAAGUGUCGAAUCAGGCUUGACAUUUUUCAACGUCAAAGGACCAGAGCUUCUAGGGAUGUAUGUCGGUGAAAGCGAGAAAUGUGUGCGAGAACUAUUUAACAAAGCCCGAGAAUUGGCCCCCGCAUUGAUUUUCUUUGAUGAAUUUGAUUCUCUCUGCAUGGUUGAUGCACCGCCUGGAACACUAAUAAGCCGUGUCAUCAGUCAAGUCGUUACGGAAUUGGAUUCGCUGAAGGGGUCUCAAGUAUUUGUAUUGGCAGCUAGCAACAGAUUAGAACUUAUUGAACCGACAAUUCUGCGGUCUGGGCGACUUGACCGAGUUCUACAUGUUCCUCUUCAGAACGACGUUCGCUCAAAGGUUGCAAUUUUCAAGGCUCUAACCAAAAACUUCAUAUUUUCAUCAAACUUCGAGAUUGGUCAGUUGGCGUUAGUUAGUGAAGAUGUUAGUGGCGCUGACAUCUACUCUGCGUGUGUACGAGCUUGGAUCAAGGCUGCCAAGCGGGCGAUAGCGUACAAUUCCACCGGUAUAGUGGUUCAGACGAUGGAUUUCUAUUAA